AUGAGUCGCAAUUUUGUUCCUGCACUUCUGGCCAUUGGUGUUGGUGUCUUCACAGGCUACUACACCUUCCAACCGACUUUCCAGCAAAUGCAACACGAGAAGUUGAACGGAACUCACCAGCCUGCUGGACUUUCUGAUAUCUCUGCUUUAAAGGAGAAAUCUGACGCUCCCCCUGCUCAGGGCGACGCCACUACGUCAACGACGGAGAAAUAG